AUGGCGGGGAAGCAAUCUGGGGUAUGGAACACUACGCCCUCGGGUCUUAAGAAUCACAACAAAAAUGAGUCAAGUUUCCCGGGUUUGCUAGCUGCACGCUCGGAGGCCAACAACAAAAUCGAAUAUGAAGAGCUACAACAGAACGAAGUAUUAGCCCUUGAGGCCAUUUACGGCGACGACUUCGUUAUGCAUACCGAAACUCAGAACGCCUGGAAGAAGCCAGAACCACAUUUUGAUAUCCGGAUAAAGGCAUCAUCCGAUGAAGAGCUCGCCUGCACACUGUCCUUUGUCAUGACUGCGACCUACCCGAAAUCUCCUCCUAUCAUUACCAUGAAGAACUACGACCUCAAGGAAGUCACGACGUUCAAGAUCCAGAAAUACCUAGAAACGAAGCCCAAGUUAUUCGCACAGGAUGCACAAGAAAUGAUCGAUCAAAUCGUGGAAGGAGUACGGGAUAUCCUUGAGGAUGCUGCGCAAGCAAAGGCAAACGGGAAACAUCUGCCUUCCCUCGAAGAAGAACGAGAGCGGCACGAAGCUUCCUUAGCGAAGUUGGCAGAGGAGGAAAAGGAAGGGGCGGCGCGCAAGAGAAGGGAAGAAAAACAGGAAGAAGAGCGUGCCAUGGCCUUAACUCUCCAACAACACAUUUAUCAGAAUAAACAACAGGCCAUGGAGUCGAACCGCCGUCCCAGCAAUACCCCCCAGCAAUCUUCUACAAGUUCAGAGGCAGAAGAAAUCAUCGAGUUCGAGCAAUUAUGUAACGCUACGGAUCAGUCAGGAAAUACUCUCUUCUUCAAGUCCGUUACAAGCAAACGCCACCUUCGGCAGGGACCUGUAUCCACCAUCUACGAAGUCCGACCUUUGCUGAACAAUGGGCUUGGCAACCUGCCUAUGGCACUGAAACAGACUGUCAUCCGUACCACAAAUAAGGACCCCAAAAAGUUCAGCCUUCAGGUACAGAAUCUCGAGUCUCGUCUUAUGGAUCUGAAGUCUGUCAAACAGUUUCACCAUCCCCAUCUCGUUCAGGUUUUGGGCUUCAAGGUUCAAGACUCCCCCAUGGAUCCAGCUAUCGCGGACACGUGCACAAUUAGUAUCCUGUUGCCUUGGGCAGACUGGGGCUCUUUGCAGGAGUUAUUGGAGCUUUCAACGCCUGGAAUUGGCAAAGUACGCUCAUGGACCCGUGAUCUGCUAGAUGCACUCCAUUUUCUUCACGACAAGAAACUUGUUCACGGAGACAUCCAUUCGGGAAACAUUCUCCUGUUCCGAGAGUCAAAUGGACAAACCGUCCCCAAAAUCUCCGAUGCAUGGUAUCAGAGCGAAAUUCACUCCAUCUCCUCGAACAAGCCAGGACGCCUGCAGCAGAAGACUGGCAAAUCUGCCUACUGGCUACCCCCCGAGAUCGCUGGUCGAUCCAAUCCCGUGUAUACAUCCAAGACUGAUAUUUGGGAUUUUGGUGUCGUGUUUGUCCAAAUGAUCUUUGGCUUUAACGUGCAACAAACGUUCACAUCACCCAAGAUUCUAAUGGAAUCGUUUGCCUUGUCCCUUCCUCUAAAGGAAUUACUCAGCAAAUUCUUUAAGGAAGACGAGCAGGAACGCCCUCGAGCUUAUGUGUUUGGACCCAGCGAGUUCCUAGCCACAGACGCUCGAAUUCUCUUGGAGAAUUCUCCCGCAGCCCCAUCCACGAACCCCUCGGUGUUGCCACCAGACUUUGGAGAAAGAGAUUUACUUGAUUUGACUGCUCGUCAACGUUCUUCUCGUUCGCGGUACGAAAAUGACUUCAUAGAGGAGGCCAAGCUCGGAAAAGGUGGUUUCGGGGAGGUAGUCAAGGCAAGGAUGAAGCUAGACGGCCAGGUUUAUGCCAUCAAGAAGAUUAAAACACGUUCGGAAACCAACCUGGACGAGCUUAUCAAGGAGGUCCAACUUUUGUCACGACUCAACCACCCUGCGGUUGUACGAUACAACAACACGUGGGUCGAACGCCUUCCUGGUCACUCCGAUACCGAAGACUGCACAUCUACUAGCGACCCUUCUGAAGAUGACUCUGAGGGAAACCUGUCUGCGGACAUUGAAUUUGAGUCUACUAACAAUACUGGAGGUCUUGAUUUCAUGUCAUCCAAUGCCAACGUCGUUUAUGGAGAUGACGACUCCGAUGGCUCUGAAGAUGACGAGACAGAAGAGGAGGCAGGAUCUGAGGAUGGUAUGUUUGAUCACAACGAGUUAUCUUCCGUUGAUGGAGGCACAAACGCCAGGGUAUCGCGACUUGCUCGGUCUCGGCGUUCAAUCAUAACGACGCUGUACAUAGCUAUGGAGUACUGCGAGAAACGAACCCUCAGAGAUAUCAUCGCAAGAGAUCUUUACAAGGAUACUCUAGCAAUUUGGCACCUUUUUUCUCAGAUUGUGGAAGGUCUAGCCCACAUUCAUGGGCUUGGCAUCGUUCACCGUGAUUUGAAACCGGAAAAUAUCUUCAUUACUAGCAGUCCCGACCGUAUUGGUAAUGUGAAGAUCGGCGAUUUCGGACUCGCUAUACGUGGACAGUUCUCCGUGGAGAGAGCCAACGAAAACGGUAUGGAGCCAGACGACAUGACCAGAAGCAUUGGCACUGCCUACUAUUCCGCGCCCGAAAUUAGAUCAACUGUACACGGUAUAUAUAACACCAAAGUUGACAUGUAUUCUCUGGGUAUCAUUUUCUUCGAGAUGUGCUAUCACCCUAUGCUGGGCAUGGAAAAGGACACUGUUCUCGGACAACUUAGGCAGCCGAAACCAGUUUUACCAUUGGACUUCAAGCCUAGUGACAACUCUCAGACGAACGUUGUAUUGUCUUUGGUCAACCACAAUCCCAACGAAAGGCCUUCGAGCACCAACCUUCUUGAGGAUAAAGAGUUACCUAUUCAGCUUGAGACUCGGAAAGGCAAACGGGCUCUUACUAUGCUUACAAAUCCUCGCUCAUCGCACUACCACGAAGUCAUCUCGAGGCUGUUCUCAGUGCCUAUGGAACCCAUUAAGGAUUUUGCCUGGGACAUGUCUGUGAAGACGCUGAGCCCACAGGAGUUGCACAAACAAGGAUUGGUUAAACAAGAACUUAUCUCGAUAUUCCGUCUCCAUGGUGCUUUGGAAACACCACAAAGCAGCAUACAUCCCCGAUCUCCGCACUAUGGAGACAACGCUUUCCAGCUGCUGGAUUCUAAGGGCAACCUACUCCAGCUGCCUUAUGAUCUAACACUUGGGAAGGCAAGGAUGAUGGCUAAGCGCUCUAAUGAUCCAAUCGCUGAACGAACUUAUACAUUUGGCAACGUUUUCCGGGACAAGAACGAUGGAGGCCACCCACUAAUGAUUGGAGAAGCUGAUUUUGAUAUUUUCACCACCCAAACGUCAGACCUGUCUUUCGAUGAUGCAGAGGUUCUCAAAGUGAUGGAUGAAAUCGUCCACGCAUUCCCUUCCUUGUCCACAACUCCUAUGUGUUUCCAUCUGGGACACUCGGAUCUUUUACAACUCAUCUUCGAUUAUUGUGGAGUUCAACCUAGUAGUCGACCUGCUGCGGCAGAUGUCCUGAGCAAGCUGAACGUUCGUGGCCACAACUGGCAGAAGAUUAAGGCUGAGCUGCGGUCACAGUCCGUCAACGUUUUCUCUAUGAGUGUUUCUGAUCUACAAAAGUUCGACUUCAGAGACACUCCGAACAAGACAUUCUCCAGGUUGAAGACCCUUUUUGAGGGCAGCGAUAUGUACCAACGAGCUUCUCCCACGAUCGCGCAUCUGAAGGAAGUGAUUGAGUAUUGCAAGCGCCUGGGCGUGGGAACAAAGAUCUAUAUCAAUCCGUUGAACAGCUUCAGAGAAAGCUUUUACAAAGGCGGCAUCCUCAUUUCAUGCCUCUACGACACGAAGGCCAAGGAGGUUUUUGCUGCUGGCGGAAGGUAUGAUCAACUUAUCAAAGAAUGCCGACCUAGUGUUGGUGGCCAAAUCGGGAAUAAACAUGCUGUUGGAAUCAGUUUGGCAUGGGAGCGAUUGGCAAAAAUUCCCAAAGCCGGUGGGCGAUCAUUCUUGAAGAAACCCGAGGACGAAUCAAGCGGAAUUUUCCACUCUCGACGAUGUGAUUGUUUGGUAGCUAGCUUCGAUGCCGCUGUGUUGAGAUCUUCGGGUGCUGAAAUGCUUCAGACACUCUGGGCAAACAAUAUCAGCGCUGAGCUGGCCGAUAAUGCAGGAUCACUGGAAGACUUGCUAUCGAAACACGACGAAGAGGAAUAUUCUUGGCUCAUCAUCAUCAAACAGGAUGCAAUGCUGAAGAUCAAGAGCUUGGGAAGAAAGGACGUGCCUGAUACGGAUAUUCCAACAACACAACUACUUUCUUGGCUUCGGAACGAAUUUCGAGACCGUGAUUCAAGAACAGUGGUGAAACUUCGCGGCAACAGCUCUGCAGAUACCAAUGGCUCGGGCGAGAAGGAAGAGCAAGAGGUUCGUGUGUUGGUGGCACAAACACGGAGCAAAAAGUUCAACCGUAGAACGGUUGUGGAGCAAGCUCAAAGCACUGCAAGCAGCUUGGUACAGUCUUUCCUUGAUGGCCCUAUCUUGGCCAUCGAGACAACGGAUCAGGUCAUGGAUCUAAUCCGCGGGACCUGCCUCUCAGAGGUUGAUGGCUGGCGACAAGUCGAGCAGUCGGUGACGAAUACGGAAAGGAAAUACAUCCGGGAGAUCCAUGACGAGCUGGAAAACCUGCGAUUCAAGUAUCAGAAGAAGGGCGGCGGUGACGGGUCGCGGCACGCAUUCGUGUACAAUUUUCGGUCAGGCAACUGCGUGUAUUAUGACUUAGGAGCUUAG